CUCGAACUUGUGGAACAAUUAACUGGUAGUGCACGAAGCCGGCUUUUCUAUUUCUUCAUUAACCAACGAGCAGGACAGAUUGCAAAUCAGACCUGACCACCACGCAUUCGAAGAUGACCAGCUCACAACCGGUUCAGCGAUGCAUCGUCCCGGGCUGCAAGAACUUCCUGCAGGAAUGGUACGCCCCGUUCCCCACCAACCUCCAUCUGAUAUCUCGCUGGAAGGAGUGCAUCGAAGUCGGCACCGGUCAACUGUUGCCUACAAUAAGUCGCAUCCGUAAGAAUCGCUCCGUAGUAUGUAGUAUGCAUUUUCUUGGCUAUGAUCCGGACGAUCCGCCGUGCUACCGGCAACCAAUGCUGUAUUUCAGAGACGACUUAGUCGUGGAAGUCGAACGUUGCUGCAUGUGCAAUCGUAUGGACAUCAAGGAGAACAUGACGGAAAAGGAUGCAUCCAUAUCCGAAUCUUACACCUUCGAACAGAUCGCUACGCAGUAUUUUGGAUCCGGCUCCUUCGACGAAAACGCAACGGAGGAAUACCUCUGCGAAGAGUGUGUCGUCAAAUUGGACAUAAUGUUUAAAAUUCAGCAGAGCACGUCCAUUGCGAGGAAGGAACGGGAUGCCUUGCGAGCUCGGAUGACUAGAGAGAGAAUCCUGUUCAAACAGAAUAAACUUCAGCAAGGUAUCAUUAUCUCUCAGAAGGAUUUAGAUGCAGUAGUUAAUAGUGAACGAACAACUUUCGUCGACGAAGAUGAUUACUCAAGUGACGAUGCAGCUUUAGCGCCGCUACUAUCGGAGAUAGUUAAGCCCAGAGGAAGAUAUGCGCUCAAUCCGGAGUUAAGGGAAAAGUGGGAAAAAUCACGUCUUACAUGCUACCUCUGCAAAACAAUCUACGAAAGUACGGACUUGCUGUUGAGUCACCUGAUGCUGACACACGUGGAUCAAGAGUCUCUGCACUGCCAAGAAUGUAAUAUUAGCUUCAAGCGCUCACCGGAACUGAAUGCGCACCUGGCAAAGCAUGACCCUGAAGGGCGACCAUUCAAGUGUAGUCACUGUCCGCUGAGAUUUGCCCAGUUGUCCGGAAAAACUAAACACGAAUCCGACCAUCACGAUCCUACCAAGAUCAGGAAAGCUGCCAAGCCCAGACCGAAGAAGUUCGUGUGCUCCACCUGCGGUAAAUUAUUCCGCGACCGAAAUGACUUGGGUCGUCAUGAACAGUUCCAACAUAAGGGAGAACCUGUUGUUCACUGCGAAACCUGUAAAAAGCCUUUUGCUUCCAGACGAAAUCUCAAACGACACUUGAUGCUGGUGCACCGCGGGGAACGACCAUACGAAUGUAAAUAUUGUAAAGUUACUUUCAAACAGUCUCAGGGACUGCUAGACCAUGUCAACGAAAAGCAUCGAGAAGAGAAAAUAAGGGAUAGUGAAAAAAAAACCUACGCUCCAGACUAUACUUGCAGUGUGUGUACCGAAACGUUCGUGUCUCGCCGUCUAUUGGCUCUUCACAAGAAGAAACAUCUGCUUAUCGAAAGUAAUGGGUCUAGUUCCCUCAUUAGACGCAAUGCAGGCGAAUUAGGAAAAGAGCUCGUUUGCAACCUAUGUGAAGGUAUAUUUCCCAAGGGUACGCACAUCAUCACACACUUUCAAACGGAACAUCCCGGUACUAAGUUGGAUUACUAUCCAUGCAGCGUAUGUGGGGAAAUUUACUUCAACAAACAGCAGCACCUUAUUCAUUCCUACACACAUACCGACAAAUACGCCUGUGAUGUGUGUGGCAAGCAGCAUGGUAGUAACGAUCGACUUCAGCUGCACCGGCACACAAAUCACGGAAUUCCCCUGGCGGAAGAGUUUCUCCGCGAGUGCCCCCAUUGCAAUAAGAAGUUUUACAAGGGCAGCUACUAUUUCCGACAUGUCAAAACGCACUCGGAAAAUCAAUGGGCUUGUGAGAUUUGCAAUAAAAGCUACUUGCAGAAAUUCCAACUGACAAUCCAUAUGCGCACCCACACGGGCGAGAAGCCGCUGGUUUGUCCCGGUUGUUUGAAGAACUUUGCAGAUCCCACUACUAUAUGCAAGCACAAGAAGCAGUGUGAUCUAUUUCAAGAGCUAACCCAACGAAAGGAUUGAUUGUUGUAAGAAAUCUCGAUA